CAGGAACCCUCCCGUCCUUCAUCCACUCAUACAUCAUAUACACACAUUGGAGACAUAGACCAUCAUGUCUUCUACCCAAGCACAACCUGCAGUUCCUCACCAGGCAACAUCCGGUGCUCCAGACCCAGCAGAGUCUCUUGAUGCGCGCUUCAAGGCAUGGCGCACACUCGUCAAGAAUCUAGAGGACUACUUCAAGCACCUCGAGAAGGUCCACGAGUCCUCUGCCAAGGACCACCACAAGCUUGCCAAGGUGCUCGAGGUGCCAUUUAAGCACACUGGUCACUUUGAGCAGGCAGGCAUCCAGGAUGUAUUCACUGCCUUACAGACCACAACGCAGCGAUGGGGAGCUGACCAGGAGGCCUAUGCCAAGGCUGUGCGUCACUCGCUCGUAGCACAAGCAUCUACGCUCGAGGAUGAGAUUCAGUCUUUCGAGAAGCGUCUGAAGAAGGACGGUCUCAAGGGCGCAAAGGGCGUGUCUAAGCUGCAAACGGAGACGCAGAAACACAUCGAGACACUUGGCAAGCACACGUCCUCCUUCGAGACAAAUCCCAAGGGAGUCAAAGCAGACCACGACCCAUUCCUCGUCAAGCGUGGCAUUCUUAAGCAGCUCAGCAAGCAGACAGAGGAGGAGAAUGCACACACCGAGACCGUUCUCGCCUUUCAGAAGCAGUGUGAGGAGUUUGAAAUCAAGAUCGUCAGAUCCAUUCAGGCCAUGAUUGCGGAAGUCUCGCGACAGCAUGCAGCAGAAGGACAGGAUUUCCAGAGUUCAAGCAAUAGCAUGCUCACGACCUCUCAGCAGCUUGCACCCGACCACGAAUGGAAGGCAUUCACUGCGCGUGACCACAGCUUGCUUAGCUCCAAUGUCGCCAAGCGCGACGUCAGCAGCAUUGUCUUUGCUGGCGCCGACCAUCCUUCAACUGCUCCUGUGCUUGAGGGAGACUUGAUGCGCAAGGGUACCGUGAUGAAGAAGUACAGUCCUGCCUACUUUGUCCUCACCAAAGCCGGUUUCUUGCAUGAAUUCAAGAGCAAGAGCAUCGAGAGCGACCCAGAACCCGCGUGGACCCUCGACAUCAAAGAUGCCACCAUCGGCGCGCACUCUACCCAGACGAAUGGUAAAAACAAGUUUGUUGUGUCGGGCAAGAGCAAGGGAUUGCUUUCUUCGAAGCAUGACUAUGCAUUCCAAGCAACAAGCUAUGAUGAUAUGAUGAAGUGGUGGACUGCACUGUGCAAAUUCGCAGCCAAUGCCCCGACGCCAGAGUCGGCUGAGCUGAUGGACGACUCGGAUACCGAGAUUGCCAGCCCAUCCGCUUCCCAUGCUCACGCAGCAACAGCUCCAACAACUGGAACGGUGCCUGAACAUGCUGUGCCUGUCGGUCAUGCUCAGCCUGCUGCAGCUGCUCCCGGUGGAUACGCUCAGCCUGCUGCAGCUGCUCCUGGUGGAUACGCCCAGCCUGCUGCAGCUGCUCCCGGUGGAUACGCUCAGCCUGCCGCAGCAGCACCUGGUGGGUAUGCUCAGCCUGCUGCAGCAGCACCUGGCGGAUAUGCUCAGCCCGCGACAGCAGCAGGUUACGCUCAGCCUGCCGCGACACAAUCACAAGUGCCAACGCAGCAGAUGGCCCAAACCAACCUGUCUGGAACUGCCCCUGCCCCUGGGCCAUACUAGGUACGCUGAAUUGCAAUGUAGCCUAACGAUCCGUAAUUAAUCUUUCCUUGUGUCUAU